AUGGGCAAUGCUUGUGCAGGCAAACGUGAUAAAAUGGAUAAAGCUGGAAAGUACACUUCAGCCUUAGCCGGCUACUAUAAAAAGCAGUUAAGUGAGAGCUAUGUCUCCUACAAGGAGGACUAUCGGGAGAAGUACGAGGAUAAGAUGCUGACAUAUAGACUGAAUAAAUCUAGAACAGGGGCAAUGGGAGAUGAUUCAUACAUCCAGUACAUCUCAAAUCAGGGCAGUGGCACCAAGUUCCAAGAGAUACUAAUGCAGUUUGAAAGCUAGUUCCCUUUGAGAGACCUAAGCAUUCAGGAGUUUGAGAGGAGAGUCAAGAAACUGGUUUAUCAUGAUGAGUAUAUCUACGUUUGGCAGAUCGUUGAGUGUUUCAAGACUUGCCCAGGUUUUGAAGAUGUAGAGAACUCUACAAGUCUAUCUCUAAGUCUAUUGACAAGUGACUUUCUAAAGAGAGAUUACAUUGAUGGAAGCGAUUCUGGCAAUGGCUAGCAGCAAAGUAGCGAUCAGAGACACACAAAUAUGAGCAGCAGUCUCUUUGAUCGAACAUCUGAGCAGUUCGCUACAUAAAAGAUAUAUGUACCAUACUUGAUUCUGCUCGCCAUUUUAUAUUGCAAAGGCACUCCUAGAGCUAGAGCCACAAAAUUCUAUGAGUUGUGCUAGUUGGAGUUGACCCCUCAUGUGUGCUGCUUGGAUGACGAGCUUAAAGAGCAUUUCAGAAAGAUACUGCAACUCUGCACUUUAUUCUUGACUGAGUAAUUCCAAGCAUCGUAUAUUGCAUUAGCUGCACCAGAGGAGGCUAGAGCUGAGACUUUGGAGUACUCUAGAGAUAUACUGUUCACACUCCAACCAGAGACUUUGGAAUCUAUGGUGGCUGAUAUCUUUGAGGAUUUCCUUGACUAGGUAUUUGUUACCGAGACUAGACCAAGUAAAGAUGAGUUCAUCGGUAAGCUGUCAAAUGAAUUCGCCAAAUUUUUGCUUCCUUGCUAUAUCAGAGGAAUAGUCAUCAAAAAGCUUAUUAAAUCAUCAAGCACUGCUCAAUGA